GAAACAACAAACGGGAACCAGUUACCAGAGAUAUGGAGGAAGAAGAGCAUGAGGUGUACGGAGGAGAGAUUCCGGACAUGGAAGGUGAUAUGGACCCUCACAACGCCGACGUCGACAUGUCUGCCGCCGAUGAAGACGCCGUCAAGGAGCUGGAUGAGAUGAAGAAGAGGUUGAAGGAGAUGGAAGAGGAAGCGGCGGCUCUCCGUGAGAUGCAAGCUAAGGUUGAGAAAGAGAUGGGCGCUGUUCAAGAUCCAGCUAGUGCAGCUGCUAACCAAGCAAAUAGGGAGGAAGUGGAUUCUCGUUCUGUAUUUGUGGGCAAUGUUGAUUAUGCAUGCACACCAGAAGAAGUUCAACAACACUUUCAGUCUUGUGGAACAGUUAACAGGGUUACUAUUUUGACAGACAAGUAUGGCCAGCCAAAGGGUUUUGCUUAUGUGGAAUUCCUUGAAGUAGAAGCUGUACAAGAGGCUUUGGUUCUGAAUGAAUCUGAAUUACAUGGGCGUCAAUUGAAGGUUUUGCCCAAAAGGACCAAUGUUCCUGGAAUGAAGCAAUAUCGACCGAGGCGAUUCAAUCCUUACAUGGGUCACCGGUUUAGGAGGCCAUAUGUCCCUCCCUAUUUCUAUUCUCCAUAUGGAUAUGGGAAGGUUCCUAGAUUCAGAAGGCCAAUGCGAUAUAUGCCUUAUUACUAGAUAACUGUUAAGGGGCAGUGAAGUUCACCAGGUGGAUGCGUCUGUUCUGAACACUUGAGUUUCUAUUUAUGAUCUUUGAGAAGAAAACAGAGAUUUUAUUGGGAUAAUGACGAUUGCUGCUAAUAUUCAUAAUUAACGAUGUUAUAAGACGAACGAUGUUUAAUUGAUAGGUUGUUGCUGCUGGCAAACUUUUCUUAAUCGAGUUUAUUAGCCUUUGAAAUAAUAAGAUAAAGUUGGAUGGAGAUCUCUUCAAUGAAGGGUGCAUUCUGCUUUUAGAUGUUUCCAUUGGCCCUUGGA